AUGAUCAAUCUCUUGCACGGCAAUGUCAUGGCCUUGCUUUCCUUCCUUCUCAUCAUCUGUACCUUCGAAGUCGCUUCGAGACCUGCAGGUGGAUACGAUGACUGGUCGAUCUGUCAGCCUCUCAAGUACGAUUUUGGAGGCCCGAGCUAUUCGAAUGCUGACUUUCACUGGCAAGAUGAGCAUCACGUCCCAGCUGAAAGUGCAAGCCCUUCGAUCCCUGGCUUACACUGGCAAGAGAACCAUCCCCAGUCGGUCGGAGCUGCGGGCAUCUCGAUUCCUGGGUUCACGCUGCGACUUCUGGCUCCGUACAGCCUGAGCACCAGCAAGCAUAGGCUUGGCACGGGCAGCAACGCAACUACGACGUCGACUCCUCUUCAGACCCGUCACCUCCCCGAGUUCCGUCCGGCGAUGGAAGUGUCACAGGUUCGAACUCCAUGA